AUGACCAUCACGCCGAUCACCGCGCCAAGCCAGGAACCAAUUCAGGGCCAGCUGGAUUUUGACCGGUUUUUUGCCGACAAGCUCUCCGGUUUGCACGAUGGAGGCAACUACCGUGUUUUUGCGGAGCUUGAGCGCCAGCGCGGGUGUUUUCCGCGUGCGACGCGGCACCGCGGGGACGGCUCGACCCACGAUGUGACGGUAUGGUGCUCGAACGACUAUCUGGGCAUGGGCCAGCAUCCGGACGUGGUUUCGGCAAUGCACGAGGCGAUCGACAAAUGCGGCACGGGCGCCGGCGGCACGCGCAACAUUUCGGGCACCAAUCAUGGCCAUGUGAAGCUCGAAGAGGAACUGGCGGACCUGCACGGCAAACAGGCCGCGCUGAUCUUCACCUCGGGCUAUGUCUCCAACUGGGCCGCGCUCGGCACGCUUCUGGCGAAGAUCCCCGGCAUCAUCUGCUACACCGACGCGCUCAACCAUGCCUCGAUGAUCGAGGGGAUACGGCACUCGCGCUGCGAGAAGCGCAUCUUCAGGCACAAUGACUGGAAGGAUCUUGAUCGUCUGAUGUCCCAGGACGAUCCGGCCGCGCCCAAGCUGGUCGCCUUCGAGAGCGUCUAUUCGAUGGAUGGCGACAUCGCGCCGAUCGAGAAGAUCUGCGAUGUGGCCGACAGGCAUGGCGCGCUGAAAUAUAUCGACGAAGUGCAUGCGGUGGGCAUGUACGGCCCGCGCGGCGGCGGCGUUGCCGAACGCGAAGGGCUGAUGGACCGGAUCGAUGUCAUCGAGGGGACGCUGGGCAAGGCGUUCGGCGUGAUGGGCGGCUACAUCACCGGCUCGAAGAACCUUGUCGAUUUCGUGCGCAGUUUUGCCUCGGGCUUCAUCUUCACGACGGCCUUGCCGCCGGCACUGGCGGCGGGCGCGGUCGCCUCGAUCCGGCAUCUGAAGGCCCAUGACGACAAGCGCCUUGCCCAUCAGGAGGCUGUGAGGAAGGUGCGCGCCGCGCUCGACCGUCAGGGCAUUCCGCACAUGGCCAAUCCGAGCCACAUCGUGCCGGUGAUGGUGGGCGAUGCGGCCAAGUGCAAAUGGAUCUCGGACAUCCUUCUGGACGAUUACGGCAUCUAUGUGCAGCCGAUCAACUAUCCGACGGUGCCGGUGGGCACCGAGCGGCUGCGCAUCACGCCGACGCCGUUCCACACCGACGCCGACAUCGCACACCUGUCCAGCGCCCUGUGCGACCUGUGGAGCCAGUGCGCGCUGGCACGCGCGGUGGCGUAG